AUGAAAGAAACUAUCAUGAACCAGGAAAAACUCGCCAAACUGCAGGUACAAGUGCACAUUGGUGAGAAAGGAACUGCUUGCAGAAAGAAGGUGGUUCAUAGAACAGCUACAGCAGAUGAUAAAAAACUUCAGUUCUCCUUAAAGAAGUUAGGGGUAAACAAUAUCUCUGGUAUUAAAGAGGUGAAUAUGUUUACAAACCAAGUAACAGUGAUUCACUUUAACAACCCUAAAGUUCAGGCAUCUCUGGCAGUAAACACUUUCACCAUUACAGGCCAUGCUGAGACAAAGCUACUGACAGAAAUGCUACCCAGCAUCUUAAACCAGCUUGGAGCAGACAGUCUGACUAGUUUAAGGAGACUGACUGAAGCUCUGCCCAAACAAUCUGUGGAUGGAAAAGCACCACUUGCUACUGGAGAGGAUGAUGAUGAUGAAGUCCCAGAUCUUGUGGAGAAUUUUGAUGAGGCUUCUAAGAAUGAGGUAAACUGAACUGAUCAACUUCUGAAGAAGAGAAACUUGAAGAAGUUACUGGGAGCUGCUAUUUUAUAUUAUGACUGCUUUUUAAAAUUGUUUUGUUUGUGGAUCUGAUAAAAUCUAGAUCUCUAAUAUUUUUAAGCCCAAGCCCCUUGGACACUGCAGCUCUUUUCAGUUUUUGCUUAUACACAAUUUAUUCUUUGCAGCUAAUUAAGCUGAAGAAACCUGGGAAUAAAGUU